UUUCACAGGACAAGUGGAAGACAAAUUGUUCUUGGUCCUGAACUGUUGAUUGACAGGCCGCCAUUACUAGGCUGGGCGGUCGGUCCUGUUUACAGGGAUUGAUAGAAAGGGGCCUUGUUAUUAGCACUUAAUUGAAUUCGAGUAGGAUUUCCCCCCCGCCUGGGAGGUUGAUUCUGGACGAACACGGAGAAUGCUGCAAUCGGUAGUUAGUCGCUUGUUCAGGAUCUCGCGAGUGAGGCGAUACUCCGCUGCUGCGGCGAUUCCAGCUCCGACUACCCACCCCGAUAUUCACUUCAACAAGAUCUUUAUUAACAAUGAGUGGCAUGAUGCAGUCAGUAAGAAAACGUUCCCAACCAUCAAUCCCUCCACAGGAGAAAUCAUCUGUCAAGUUGCUGAAGGAGAUAAGGCUGACGUGGAUAAAGCAGUGAAGGCAGCGAAAGAUGCAUUUAAAUUUGGAUCACCUUGGCGAUUAAUGGAUGCGUCACACAGAGGGCUGCUUUUACACCGCUUAGCUGACCUCAUUGAACGUGAUAAAGUAUACUUAGCUUCAUUGGAGACAUUGGAUAAUGGGAAGCCAUACCACAUAGCCUACAUGACAGACUUAGAUUUGGUUGUUAAAUGUUUCAGAUACUAUGCAGGCUGGACUGAUAAAUACCAUGGUAAGACCAUUCCCCUCGAAGGAAACUAUUUCUGCUAUACUCGUCAUGAACCAGUUGGUGUGUGUGGGCAAAUCAUCCCGUGGAAUUUUCCAUUGACAAUGCAGGCCUGGAAACUUGCACCAGCAUUAGCAACUGGAAAUGUAGUUGUGAUGAAGGUGGCCGAGCAGACACCACUAACAGCACUCUACGUAGCAAAUUUGAUUAAAGAGGCUGGAUUUCCACCAGGAGUAGUCAAUAUCAUUCCUGGUUUUGGACCAACUGCAGGAACAGCUAUUGCCUCCCAUAUGGAUGUAGAUAAAAUUGUUUUUACUGGAUCCACGGAGGUUGGCCAUCUGAUCCAACAGGCUGCAGGAAAAAGUAAUUUGAAAAAGGUGACAUUAGAGCUGGGAGGGAAAAGUCCUAACAUUAUAUUUUCUGAUGCUGAUGUGAACUACGCAGUUGAGGAGGCCCAUGCAGCUCUGUUCUUCAACCAAGGGCAAUGCUGCUGUGCUGGAUCACGCACUUACGUUCAAGAAUCUGUGUACGAUGAAUUUGUAGAGAAGAGUGUGGAAAGAGCAAAACUUCGUACUGUGGGAAAUCCAUUUGACGCCAGGAAUGAGCAAGGACCACAGGUGGACGAAGAACAAUUCAACAAGGUUCUGGGAUAUAUUACCACUGGAAAGAAAGGAGGAGCAAAGUUACUUUGUGGAGGUGGAGUGGCAGCAGAUCGUGGGUAUUUUAUCCAGCCAACUGUGUUUGGAGAUGUGAAAGACGAAAUGAUCAUUGCUAGAGAGGAGAUUUUUGGACCAGUGAUGCAGAUUCUGAAGUUUAAGACAUUGGAAGAGGUAAUCGAACGAGCAAACGAUACCAAAUAUGGACUUGCAGCAGCAGUUUUCACCAAUGAUCUCAAUAAGGCCAAUUACGUCUCUCAUGGUUUACGUGCAGGAACUGUCUGGAUAAACUGCUAUAAUGUGAUUGGAGCUCAGGCUCCAUUUGGUGGAUACAAAGCUUCUGGCAUUGGGCGGGAACUUGGAGAGGACGGAAUAGCAGCCUACACUGAAGUAAAGACUGUGACAACCAAGGUUCCUCAGAAGAAUUCUUAAACCCGCCUGCUGACUGACCCGCCUGUCGACUAACUUGAGUUGAACUUGUCGGCUUUUUAAGUACAGAAUUCAAAAGGAAGUGCUGCAUUUAAAUUGUAACUUUAAUCAAAGCCUGAUUGUAUACUCAUCACAUUAAUUUUGAUCUUAAUCAAUAUAAUUUUUUUCCUUGGCUAAGAGAAAUGACAUGGGAUUUCUUCAAAUAUCUGGCAGGGAGUCUUGAUUAUGCUUACAGAUAAUAUUACAUAUAUGGGAAUAAACAAUUAGUGGGUGGUGGGCACAUAAUUCAGGAUAUUUUGUUGGAAUUUGUUUGAGAGGAUUACUACUAGACUCAAAAUACUUUUGCAGUAAGGAUGCUUCUGUUUUUCUUCUCUCUUGAAAAUAAUGUUAACAUUAAUGCUAAUGUUAAUAUUCCAUCAAUAUUUCAGAAGUAUAACGGAUUAUAACGACUGCAGGGGUACCUUACAUUUUGCAUGUAAUGACAAGAUUGAAUGCACAUUUUUCCUUUUCUACUCACUAAUUUUCUGCAGUGACUUACUGCUGUUUAGAAAUUUGAUUUAGAUUUGAAUAUCAGAAUCACUAUGCAAAGUCAAAUAAACCAAGUUUAUUACUAA